UUUCGCUUCCAAGUCGUCUCGUCCUUCACUGAUCUUUCUCUCCGUUGCCUGCUCAGCUCAAACAAACAACUCCUCUGUUCAUUCCCUCGCUAAUUCGCCACUCGGUUCUAUUAUACAUCAAUGUUGUAUCCUCAUAAGAUUUGACCAUUCCUGCUUAUCCAAUGGAUAUCCGUUUUAGAUCCGGUUUUUGUGUUUUUAUCAUUCUAAUUUGUGUAAGUUUUUCUGGUUUUGUCUCCGUUUCUGGAGAGAAUCGAAGACCCAAAAACGUGCAGGUUGCGGUUAGGGCUAAGUGGGAGGGCACUCCUGUUCUAUUGGAAGCUGCUGAAUUACUAUCAAAGGAAUGGAAAGACCUUUACUGGGAAUUUAUUGAGGUUUGGCUUCGAGCAGAGGAGAUUGAAGCUGAUUCUCAUUCAGCGAAAGACUGCCUCAAAAGAAUUUUAAACCAUGGGAAGUCACUUUUAAGUGAUCAAGUGGCCUCACUAUUUGAGUUCUCUCUUAUUCUGAGAUCAGCAUCUCCAAGAUUGGUGCUUUAUCGACAAUUGGCAGAGGAGUCUCUAUCUUCUUUUCCACUUUGUGAUGAUAGUAUUUCAAGCAAUGAUAGUGAGGAAAUUGCGGAAACAAGCGAGAAAAAUGAAAGUAAAAGGUCAGAGACUUUGCUCGUUGGCGUAAAUCCUAAGAGCCCUUGUGGAAAAUGCUGCUGGGUAGAUACUGGUGGAGCAUUGUUCUUUGAUGUUGCAGAGCUCCGACUGUGGCUUAAUAGCCCUGUUAAUCACGCGGGAGACUCAUUCCAUCAGCCUGAACUAUUUGAUUUUGAUCAUGUCCAUUUUGGUUCUCAUACUAGAAGUCCAGUUGCUAUUUUGUAUGGAGCCCUUGGAACUGAUUGUUUUAAGGAAUUUCAUGUUACACUAGUUGAAUCAGCUAAACAGGGGAGGGUAAAAUAUGUAGUUAGACCUGUUUUACCCGCUGGCUGUGAAGGAAAAGUUGGCCAUUGUGGUGCUAUUGGUGCCAAAGACUCCUUAAAUUUGGGUGGUUAUGGUGUCGAACUUGCAUUGAAGAAUAUGGAAUACAAGGCUAUGGAUGACAGUGCAAUUAAGAAAGGUGUCACUCUGGAGGAUCCACGGACUGAAGAUCUUAGCCAAGAAGUUAGAGGGUUCAUUUUUUCAAAAAUACUGGAACGCAAACCUGAGCUGACAUCUGAGAUAAUGGCUUUCCGAGACUAUCUACUUUCAUCUACAAUAUCUGAUACACUUGAUGUUUGGGAACUAAAAGAUUUAGGACAUCAAACAGCACAAAGGAUUGUCCAUGCCUCUGAUCCUUUACAGUCAAUGCAGGAAAUCAGUCAAAAUUUUCCCAGUGUAGUUUCUUCUUUGUCUCGCAUGAAGCUCAAUAGUUCAAUCAAAGAUGAAAUUACAGCAAACCAACGAAUGAUUCCUCCCGGCAAGUCCUUAUUGGCUUUGAAUGGUGCUUUAAUCAAUAUCGAGGAUAUUGACCUUUAUCUGUUGGUAGACAUGGUCCAGCAGGAGCUGUUAUUGGCUGAUCAAUUUUCAAAAUUAAAGGUUCCUCAUAGCACAAUACGGAAACUCUUGUCAACAAUGUCUCCUCCUGAAUCAAAUAUGUUUCGUAUUGAUUUUCGAUCGACUCAUGUUCAUUAUCUCAAUAACUUGGAGGAGGAUGCUAUGUACAAGCGAUGGCGAAGCAAUAUAAAUGAGAUUUUGAUGCCUGUCUUCCCUGGGCAAGUACGCUACAUCCGUAAGAACUUGUUCCAUGCAGUUUAUGUUCUUGAUCCAGCCACCAGUUGUGGUCUUGAGUCCAUUGAUGUGAUUAUAUCUUUGUAUGAGAACAAUUUUCCAAUGAGAUUUGGGUUGUUGCUGUAUUCUUCGAAGUUUAUCAAGAAAAUUGAAGUGGGUGAUGCUGAUCUCCAUUUAUCUUCUGUGGAGAAUGAUAGUCAAACUCAGGAGGAUAUGUCCAGCUUGAUUAUUCGUCUUUUCAUUUAUAUCAAGGAAAACUAUGGAAUUAGAACAGCUUUCCAGUUUCUGAGCAACGUAAAUAGAUUACGCAAGGAGUCAGCAGAGUCUAUCGAUGAUUCUCUUGAGAUGCACCAUGUGGAAGGUGCAUUUGUAGAAACUGUUCUACCAAAAGCAACAUCUCCACCUCAAGAUAUAUUGCUCAAACUUGAAAAGGAGAAAACUUAUAAUGAGUUAUCACAAGAAAGCUCCAUGUUUGUUUUCAAACUGGGUUUGUACAGACUGCAAUGCUGCCUCUUGAUGAAUGGUCUUGUUAUUGACUCUAGUGAGGAGGCUCUUAUGAAUGCCAUGAAUGAUGAGCUUCCCAGAAUACAAGAACAAGUUUACUAUGGACACAUAAAUUCUCGUACUGAUAUCUUGGAAAAGUUUAUGUCAGAAAGCAGUAUUGGCCGCUAUAAUCCUCAGAUCAUUGCUGAGGGCAAGGCCAAACCCAGGUUUAUUUCUCUGAGUUCAUCGGUUUUUGAAGGGCAAUCUAUGAUCAAUGACAUUUGUUACUUGCAUUCUCCUGAUACUGUUGAUGAUUUGAAGCCUGUAACUCAACUUCUUGUUGUUGAUAUCACAUCAUUGAGAGGGAUAAAGUUGCUUCACGAAGGAAUUCUUUAUCUGAUUCGAGGGUCUAAAGUUGCUCGCUUGGGUGUUAUAUUCAGUGCCAAUCAAGAUGCUGAUUUACCUGGUCUCUUUUUUGUCAAGGUUUUUGAAAUUACUGCUUCAUCGUUCAGUCAUAAAAAGAAUGUGCUGAACUUUUUGGAACAUCUAUGCACAUUCUAUGAGCAAAAAUACAUUCUUGGAUCUUCUUCAGCAACUGAAAGUGCUGCAUUUAUAAACAAGGUCUAUGAGCUGGCUAAUGCAAAUGAGUUAUCACUGAAGGCCUACGAAUCCGCUCUUGUUGAUUUUUCUACUGAUAUGAUGAGAAAUCAUUUGAAUAAGGUUGCACAAUUUUUGUAUAGGCAACUAGGGCUUGAGGCUGGUGUUAAUGCAGUCGUAACCAAUGGAAGGGUGACAGUUCUGGAUGAUGAAGGGACCUUUUUGAGCCAUGAUCUAAAUCUGCUGGAGUCUUUGGAAUUUAAGCAAAGAAUAAAGCACAUCGUGGAGAUUAUUGAAGAAGUGCAUUGGCAGGACAUAGACCCUGACAUGCUAACAAGCAAAUUUGUUAGUGAUGUUGUUAUGUCUGUGUCGUCUGCAAUGGCUUUGCGAGAUCGAAGUUCUGAAAGCGCUCGUUUUGAGAUUUUGAAUGCAGAAUAUAGUGCUGUUAUAAUAGAAAAUGAGAAUUCUGGUGUUCACAUUGAUGCUGUAGUUGAUCCUUUAAGUCCAAUCGGUCAAAAGGUGGCUUCCCUGCUUAGAGUUCUCAGGCAAUACACUCAGCCAAGCAUGAGAAUUGUCCUAAACCCUAUGAGUUCUCUUGUUGAUCUUCCAUUGAAGAAUUUCUACAGAUAUGUCGUACCAACCAUGGAUGAUUUCAGCAGUACUGAUUACACAGUAAAUGGCCCUAAAGCAUUUUUUGCUAAUAUGCCAUUGUCAAAGACCCUUACCAUGAAUCUUGAUGUUCCUGAGCCAUGGCUUGUUGAGCCUGUCAUUGCUGUUCAUGACUUGGAUAAUAUCUUACUUGAGAACUUGGGGGACACAAGGACAUUGCAGGCAGUUUUUGAACUAGAAGCUCUUGUCCUUACUGGUCAUUGUUCUGAGAAAGAUCAAGAUCCCCCUCGAGGUCUUCAGCUGAUUCUUGGUACUAAGAGUACACCUCACUUGGUUGAUACUAUUGUGAUGGCCAAUUUGGGUUAUUGGCAAAUGAAAGUCUCUCCUGGAGUAUGGUAUCUUCAACUUGCUCCAGGUCGAAGCUUUGAUCUUUAUGUACUAAAGGAAGAUGGUUCCAGAGAUCUCGAUAAGCUUUUGUCAAAACGUAUAACCAUAAAUGAUUUACGGGGAAAAGUAGUUCACUUGGAAGUGGCAAAGAAAAAGGGAAUGGAGCAUGAGAACUUGCUGGUUUCCAGUGAUGAUGAUAACCAUUCUCAGAGGAAAAAUAAAGGAUCUAAUAAUAACUGGAAUUCUAACAUCUUCAAAUGGGCUUCUGGUUUAAUUGGCGGACAAGGGAAGAAGGAUGAGAACACUUCAACAGAGCAUGGGAAGUGUACUCGGCGAGGAAAGCCAAUUAAUAUUUUUUCUAUCGCUUCUGGACAUCUAUAUGAACGUUUCCUUAAAAUUAUGAUUCUAAGUGUCUUAAAGAACACCAAUCGACCUGUGAAGUUUUGGUUUAUAAAGAACUAUCUUUCUCCUCAAUUUAAGGAUGUGAUUCCAUAUAUGGCACAAGAAUAUGGAUUUGAGUAUGAACUGAUCACCUAUAAAUGGCCUUCCUGGUUGCAUAAGCAGAAAGAAAAGCAGCGAAUUAUUUGGGCAUAUAAAAUUUUAUUCCUUGAUGUUAUAUUUCCUCUUUCUUUGGAGAAGGUUAUAUUUGUCGAUGCAGAUCAGGUUGUUCGAGCAGACAUGGGAGAGCUUUAUGACAUGGAUAUAAAAGGAAGACCACUUGCAUACACACCAUUCUGUGACAACAACAAGGACAUGGAUGGAUAUAGAUUUUGGAGACAAGGUUUCUGGAAAGAACAUUUACGGGGGAAAUCAUACCAUAUAAGUGCUUUAUAUGUUGUCGAUUUGGUAAAAUUUCGGGAAACUGCAGCUGGAGAUAAUCUGAGAGUUUUCUAUGAAACUCUCAGCAAGGAUCCAAAUAGUUUGGCCAAUUUGGAUCAGGAUCUUCCAAACUAUGCGCAGCAUACAGUACCCAUCUUUUCACUUCCCCAAGAAUGGCUAUGGUGUGAAUCAUGGUGUGGUAAUUCCACAAAAGCCAAGGCAAAAACCAUUGAUCUUUGCAAUAAUCCAAUGACAAAGGAACCUAAGCUUCAGGGUGCAAGAAGAAUAGUUUCUGAAUGGGUGGACCUCGACUCUGAGGCAAGACAAUUCACUGCGAAAAUAUUAGGUGAUGAAAUUGACUCUAAAGAGCAUGUAGCAGCUCCUAACAAACCGAAGGACCCUGCAACUGGCAGCUCUGCAGAGGAACACACGGAAGACAAGUCAGAACUGUAAAUGAUGGCAAACAAUUUUGGCACAAGUUCUCGCGAAUGAUCUUUCUUGGAGGCUUCCCCUUGAAAACUUAAUUGUAUCAACCGAGAAUUUUAUGGUAACGAGAAAUUUUGGUUUCUUACUGUUCCUGCAAGAUAGUACAAUAUAAAAUCAAGCUAUCUUCACAAAGAUUGGUGCAGUUACAAUCUUGGAUUUAUCAAAUACAUCAGGACCUGUACAACUCAUUUAUUUGAAACCUAAAGAACUGAAUGGCUGCCACCAUUGCCAUCUGUCUGCCCUGCUACAAACUCAACGCGGAGUAGAUUACUGAGUUUUUGAUCCUGAGUCUUCUUGAGGGGAGACAUUUUUAGUCGCUAAGGCGACCAGAAAUUAAGAAAUUUUAUUGGUGUACAAUUUUUAAUGGCAACAGUAAAAUAUAAACUCAAUUCUCUUUUACGAAUAAUUUUAGUAUCAUCUCAGGUUUGGUAAUUAACUACAUUGUAUGGAUCUUUCCUGAAAUCCAAGGAGGAUGGGACUCAGAAAUUUUGAACA